AUGUCCGGGAAGGAAACGGAGAGAGCUGAGCUCGAGGUCCGUGCAUUUGCCUGGGCAUUCAACACGGCCUCGUUCCAUGACAACAAACUGGAAUCGUGUAUCAAGACCAGGCUGUUGCGCAUCGGACAGGUUGUUGACCAGUCCAUGCCAAUGCAGCCUCCCUUGCGAGAGGCAGGGCUAGACCGACCCGCCGGACCAGCCAUUCUUUUGGAUCUUUCAGACCGGCUUGUGGUUCGAAAGCCGUGCGGCUGGGAAACCCACAAGGCAGAUCGACCAAUUGAUUUCAAGGCUGCCCCAGCAUUGUCAGACUUUCUGUCAACGUAUCAAACGUCGCCAAUCUUUCAAGACAAGAAUCACCAGUUUGGGAUGAUGCACCGGCUGGACGUGCCCAAUUCUGGUCUCGUCCUGGCGGCCAGAUCGUACGCUGCCUAUUAUGAUCUUAUCCUGCAAAUGAACUUGGGCAAGGUUCGCCGCCAUUACAUCGCGCUUUGCCACGGUUGGCUGCCUCGAUCCUACUGUGAGAUCACAGCUCCACUUUUGUGGGACCAAGCAAAUGCCGCACCGAGCCGAAUUUGUCAGUAUGGCAAGCCAGCUCGCAGUUUCCUGGAGGUGCUUUCAUAUUUAGUUGAUGGACAACAGGGCGUCACCUACACUCUUGUGGAAAUUACAAUUCAGACAGGCAGAAGGCAUCAGAUAAGAAGCCACUUGGCCUUCAUGGGUCAUCCUCUUGUAGGCGAUGCCAAAUACGCCAGCGCUGCAACAUUUCAACGCGACCUCCUCCAUCGAAAUUUCUUGCACCGUUUCCUGAUUUCAUUUUUGGACAACGAGAGCCAGCCUGUGGAGGUUUUGGAUGCUUUACCACGUGAUUUGCAGCAUGCACUGGCAAGUCUCGAGGCAAAGGACAAUGAAUCAGCGAGGGGAAUGCAUUGUUGGCUGGACCAGUUCAAGAAGAGUUGA